CCAAUUUGCCCUCGGUGUCACUCAUUUCGUCUAGAUCUGCACACACACCUACCUCAUGUACGCGGGUUCUCGCUCGUCAUAGCACCGUCAUGUUGCUGUUCCGACAAUGGCCGCCACAGUUUCGACGCAUCGGUCCCAACAGGGCUCAGACAAACCGAGAUCGGCAAUACCGACUGUCGCCCCUGUUCUCGAUUUUGGUUGCCUCUUCACGCACGACCUUAAACGCAAGCAAAAGCGAUGGCAAGAUGGUCGUCUCACGUUUCACACUUUCAACAAACGUGUAAUGGUCUACGACGACCGCGGCAACUUCAUCGGCGAUACUCAUUGGCGCGAGGACUACGACUUUGAAGAAGGUGAAGAGUUUCAGUUGGAACAGGGGUGCGUCAUUGUUCAAGUCUCCGAAUGCCGCGGGAGCAAGGACCAAGAUUUGACCGAGCUUUUCGAAAAGAAAAAUCGCCAGAAGGAGCAACGGCAACAUCGGCAACCACGGACCAGUGACAAUGCCUCCUCCCCGGCCGACGUGACUCUCCGGUCAGCUCUACUUCACCAGCCUUCAGGAGCCAUAUCCAUACAGUCGACAUUGCCCCGUCAGGUCGUGACACCUCGUCCAGCCCCUAUUGGCCGUGCAGUCAUUCCCUCUGUCUCGCCCUACGAGCAACGUCGAAUGCGAGACCCACAACGAGAACGAGAUGAUGAAUCUCCGCCAAAAAAGAGGAGAAAGCCCAAUGUAACCGCUCCGAGCAAGAGUGGCUAUGCCCAGAGUCUCUUCGGUGCCGCGCUCUCUCUCGCGCCGUGGACUUCAAGUGCCCAAUCAGUGCAAAGCACAGUCUCUCAAACUCCUACAGAACGCCGUAAUACUGCUGGGACAACAUCUACCAAUCCCCGAAACCCAAAUAAUAGACAGCCUCAAUUGCCAUUGCCGCAUUCUAUCAAUCGUCCUGUUACUACUGGGCAGCCGGAUACAGAAACUCCCGUUUCUACCCAUUCGAAUGCUUCCGCCUCUCCCACUCUCGUUCGCCUGUCUGCUUCCCCGCCAGUAGAGAGUGGUUCUGCCCGGAAGUCCGCGACAAAACCGGGACAGAGAAAUCCAGGACGAGAAACCAGUGAUUUUACAGACAAGUCACUACUUUCUAUGAUUAAAACUACAAUGCAUCCCGCGAAGGGAGCCCCUCUUGCGAGCUCCAAAGGCAGACAAUGGGGCAAAUUCGAUGCGACUAGUCGCCCGGCGGCCCAGCAGGACCCAAAUGCGACAUGCGUGUGCAUUGAUCUCGAAGCGCCCUACAACGAUGCAGAAGCCCGGAAAUCUCUGGAAAACUGCCAACGUACGGACAAAGCGACCAGGGAUGUCCCUUGUGCUUCUAGGCAUAUCUCUAUCCAUCCAACUGAAAACACAACGAGCCUGAUCUCGACAACGAGACGGAACAAGAAGAGAGGCCUCCUUAUAGUAUCCGAAAAAAAUAACUCGACAAAGAGAAGGAAAGACAAUGCCGGCGGAUCGGUUUGCUCACAAGGAGAGCGCGGUAGUGCUUGCGUUGAAGAUGUACCUGACCAAGGGGAUACGAGUACUCCGCUCCGGUGCUCGUUUUUGCGGGAACCUGGCAGUAAACCUACGGGCCGCGAUUUCCCUGGGCUACCAGAUACGGAGUUACCAUGCAACAGCGAACUAGACUCUGGUCUGGGAAAGCCUUUGGAAACGCGUCUCGAUAUAAGCAGAUCGAACGACCGCCCGACGGGUCCGCUUCCCAGCAAGAAGUCCCGAUUCAGACAAAGUGGAACAGAUUCUGUCGACACGGAUCACAACACAGAGACAUCGGAUUUUGAAGACUUCCCUUUCCAAGACGAGCCGGGUCCUCUUACGUCGCGGAGCAAACGAAACCCAAUAGAGCUUGAAGAGAAGUUGCAGAUCAAAGGGCCGCGCCUUGCUUCUAUACGGAGAAGUGUCAAGAGCAAGGAGAUCAUCGGAUUCCGCAGCGGUAAUUCGGAUGUCGGGUGCACACUGGGAAGCCCUAGGACCGCCGGCCCGGUUCCUGCCGCGGAUUUGCUCAAGACGCCCGGUCACAACCACGAGAGUCAUGGUUUUGACGAACCCGGAGAAGGCAUGGCACAAUCAGGCGGAAAUUCGCACCAAAGCCAGCCCCCCCAAAAGCGGCCCCAGGACAUGAAACGGACUGAAGUGGGAAAAGCAGAGGGGUCAGAGAAGGCAGGGCUGUCUGCAACAGACAGAUCCUUAGCGCAAGCUAGGUCCAAAGAGGCCAAGGAGGUCGGACCCAGUGGAUUAUACCUCCCAAGAGAGAGUGGGAGGGAGGCCGUUGUAGAAGCCAAACAGGAGGCAGACACGCAGAAAUCUUCUACUCGUUGCGGCGAUGUCGAGGUCGCCUUAUCAACCACAAUCACCAAGCAGAAGUGUUCACCUGAUCGUCAGAACCGUCGGAUCGACGCCUUGGCAUGGAAGUCAGGAAGUGACAUAAACACGCAACAGGGGUCAACAGGUGCACGGCUGCAGGAGGAGGGCGUGGGGGCUCGGGGUAUUCGAAACAGACCUACGGGCUCGGAAGUAGAUGGGUCUCUCCCUGGAAGCGGCCAAGACACCACCAGACCUGAGGCUGAUACACAUGAGCCAAGGAGACGAGCCGAACCGGCUAGGCAACAUCGGAAAGCGGCGAUUCAAUCAGAUGUGGCGGGACAGAUCGCUCGGCCGAUAAUUGGUCCUGCUUUGGCAACUGCGGAGCCGAACCGGUCUGGAAAAGAGGGACCGCCUCCAUUGAAGGAUAAGCUCCCUCUCUUUACACGGGCAAAUGGGGGCCCGUGGAGCAAGACAGCUUAUGACUUGUUGGGCAUAGAGCGGCCCUCGUCAUAAGCAUACGUCUCUGAUGGGCGUUGAAGGUGUUAUUUCAAGUGUAUGCCUGGCAUCUAAACAACAGCUGUCUACCAAGUCAGUUGCCCAAUCCUCUGGUAGUGCUUCGUGGAGGAGCAUGCGACACAAUUCGAAUCGAGUCUGAGAAGCAAUUUGACGAUACGUCUAACCGUCAAUAAUUCCCAUUCGUCUCCUCUUUAUCCCUAUUCUCAAGGCUUAGAUGGAGUUCAGAUGCACGGUUACCUAUCUUAUCGUAGGUCACACGCCUCCAUCAUCUGGACAUGCCAAGCUGGAGUAGCCGGGAGCGGUGUGGGUGCUUACUCGCGCUACAGCGCCGAUAGCGAGGAUGAAC